AUGAUUUCAAUCAACACUAUAUUAAAACUUCUCAGUCUACCAAUCAGACUUCUUUGGGUCAUUGUAAAGUAUCCGUUCCUAGGCGGUACCAACCAGAAAUUCAGAAAUGAUUUAAAAAACUCAUUGAAAUUGAUCGUGUUUCGAUUUGGGUUAUCUUUGUCGGUCAAAGAUACUGCUUACCUUGCCAAGAAAUCAACUCAAACGGUGAUUAACAGCUUGAAACCGCUGUAUCCUAAAUUGACCAAUUUGAACAAGUAUGGAAAGUCGUAUGAUGCCUCAAACGUGUGGAUUGUUGAGGCUGAAAACAGAUCUAAUUCUGACCCUAUUAUCAUCUACUUGCAUGGGGGUGGAUACAGGCUCAAUACCAAUCCAGGACAUAUUUCAUCACUUUUAAGUGCCUACCAUUUGCUUGAUGAAGACAAGAGGAAAAAGACAUCUAUUUUGGUGCUCGACUAUGGUUUGGCAUGCCAUGGACAUUAUGUCGGAUCGCAAGUGUAUGAAUUAGCCGCAACGUAUAAGAAAUUAGCUGCACAGGGUAAUACGAAUCUUAUCUUGAUGGGCGAUUCUGCUGGAGGUAAUUUGGGAGUUGCAUUCUUGCAAUACUUGAAACAGGAAAAUGAUCCAAAAUUACCAUGGCCAAAAUCGGCAGUCUUGAUUAGUCCAUGGGUCAAGAUUGUUCCUGAUGCUUAUCAACUCACUCCAGGCCACUCCUACUAUGAAAAUGAAAAACAUGAUAUGUUAAGUGCCAGUGUUGCCAGAAGUGAAGAACGAAAGAAGUCAAUGUUUGGUGGAAAAAAUUAUGCUAAUCUAUUAAUAUCACCGGGAAACUUGCCUUACAAAACUAGUGACUGGAGCGAUAUCCCCACAUUUAACAAAAAGGGCUACUCGACUUUUGUCAUUUUUGGUGAGCAUGAAAUUUUCAGAGAUGAUAUUUGUGAAUGGACCCAUUAUGCUCUUAAAUCGCCCUUGGAGAUCCCAAAACAGGAUUCAAGAGGUGUUUUCAACCCUAAGGUAUAUGAGUACAAGUCUAGUAGUGAUGAUGAAGCAUAUGUUGAUGUUGUUCUCGAGCCAUGGGGAAUUCAUGUCGCUCCUUUGUUUUUUGAAGAUGAAGUAACAAAGAAAUUGGAGAAGCAACCAAAUUUGAAGUUGAAAGAUUUGGAUGAGGACAAGUUCUUGGGAACGGUAAAAAUUGCCCAAUUUUUGAACGAUACCUUAUAG